CAGUCCGCACAUGGAUGGAGAAGUGUAGAGGCUCCGUCAGAGCUCCGGUCCCCCCGCCCUCCUCCUCCAGCUAUUUGCCAGCCAGCCUCUACGACAGACAGCCAGCCGCUCACCGUCCUGCUGCUGCGCGGAGUCCUGUCUUGUCCCUGCGAGCCCCGGCGUCGUUUUUCCCGUCUGCAAGGAUCUCCACGGGCUGGCGAGCGAGUUCGGUCGCGUCUCUUUUGGGGGGGGAAAUUCAGUCGUGUCUUUGCGAGCUUUAUUCUCAAAUUGCCCUUCAAGACAUAUGGAGAAAAUGGCCAGACCUCUUCCUAUAAACACAACUUUCCUGCCGCCGACUCACGGCGUACUGAAAUCCCUGCUGGAAAAUCCGCUGAAGCUGCCUUUCCAUCACGAUGAAGGAUUUGGGAAAGACAAGGAGAAAGAGAAGAAGCUGGACGAUGAGAGCAGCGCAGCCAACCACCCACAGUCGGCCUUCCUUGGCCCGACCCUCUGGGACAAGACCCUGCCCUACGAUGGGGACAACUUUCAGCUGGAGUACAUGGACCUGGAGGAGUUCCUGUCGGAGAACGGCAUCCCCGCCAGCACAGCCCAGAGCAACCAGGCCCCACAAGCAUCACAGCCGCAGCAGCAGUCCCCUCCACCUGCUCCGCCCGCCCCGCCCACACCCUCUGUGGUGGACCUCAGCAGCCGCGCCACCACCUCGGUUCACACAGGCAUGGCACCUCAGACCUGCCUCCGCAGCUCCAGCACAGCAGCACUGCCCUCAGCCCGGGACACCCCCAGCCCCAUCGACCCAGAGUCCAUCCAGGUGCCCCUGAGCUACGAGCCCGACCCGGCAGACCUGGCUCUGUCCAGCGUGCCCGGCCAGGAAAUGUUUGACCCCAGGAAACGCAAAUUCUCCGCAGAGGAGCUAAAACCGCAGCCCAUGAUCAAGAAAGCCCGCAAGGUCUUCAUUCCCGAAGACCUGAAGGACGAUAAGUAUUGGGCCCGGCGCAGAAAGAACAACGUGGCAGCCAAGAGGUCACGGGACGCCCGGCGGCUGAAGGAGAACCAGAUCGCCAUCCGGGCUGGCUUUCUGGAGAAGGAGAACGCUGCUCUCCGCAUGGAGGUAGCGGACAUGAGGAAGGAGCUGGGCCGCUGCAAGAACAUUCUAGCUAAAUACGAGGCCCGACACGGGCCCCUGUGAGCCCCCAAAAAAAACCCUAUCACCAACCCACGCCCACUUCACUACCCCAACCCACCUUCCCUCCAGUUUGAAGGACAAUGUGUCUCUUUUGGUGGCACUGCCCCGUCCUCCUCCACCACCCCCACCUCCUUGUCCUCCUCCCUGAAACCUCCCGUCUCACCCUCCUCCCCCUCAACCAACACACACCUGUAUGAUUCAGGUAUUAUAACUGUCAUUUUGACUUCUAUCAUAAGCUUCGAUUUGUCUGUUCCUUCUUUUACUUUCUGUACACAUCGUUCGACUAAAUAUAUAUACAUAGAUAAAUAUAUGUAUUUACACAUGCAUACUUCCCACUUUAAUGUACUGUGAGGAGUUAUGAGCCAACCCACCAGCUGAGUCCACCGCUACCUUCCACUUUUGAGAAAUGAUGCCAUGCUGUUUGUUGUUCACUUUCAUACCGAUUUUAUACGUGAGAUCAGGACUUAAAACUGCUUCCUGUUUCCCUUCUUCUCCUCUGUGUUAUAACCAUGUGACGUGUCUGAGAGCCUGCUUAUAACCCCCAAAUCUUGUGUUUUUUAAGCCAUGUAAAAGGUUUGUUUUUCUCUCAUCAGCAACAUCAUCUUCUUUUUCACCCUUUACUUGAUGUUCGUGUUGUGUUUCAGUUGUCUAGCCCUCCCAGCGCUCGAACACAACUCCCCUCUAGCUUCUCUAACAGCAUUCUCAGUAUUUUAACAUUCAGAUAGCACAUUUUUCCUGUGCAAUCGUGGUGUAAAUUUGCAUUUUGUUUUUUCUUCAUCAGCCGGACACUGAGCAAUAAUUCCUAUCCAGAACUAAACUAACAUGACUACCUACAUGUCCCUCACCCCUCCCUGCUCCCAGAUCCCCCUCUCUAACCUCUCACUUUAGCUUACCUUUAACUAAGAUAACCUUAGUUAACCUCUGCACUAAUACGCGUCUCACAAUCUGAUCCGGUGCAAUGGUCCCACUCGCUCAAAAUUUCCUCCGCCUCAUAUUUAUCAACCUUUUAUUUCUCAGAAGGAAGAUUGUUGCUUUUUUAUAUAUAUGUAUUCUGUUAAUAUAAUUGUUAGUAUUAAUACUACUCUUGACAUGGUUGUCGUUUAGCCUCCUCCUUGUUUUCAGAUUUGAGCAUGAUUUUCUUUCACAGAACGAAAAGCUGCUUACAAAUCGGAUCUUCUUUUUUUUUUUUUUGCAACGUUGUUGAUAAUUCUUUUUGCUUCUGUUUAACUUAGCAUGAUUAAUAUGAGUGCUUUUAUUUUAGAAAUCAAUACAGAUGUCUGUAGUCUCUCAUUGUAGCUCUACGUUUGCCCUCUUUUUAAAGAUGGCUGUAUGAAUGUAAAAGAUGUUGACAAAAAAAAGUUGGAUGGUGUUGUCCAAUACUGUGGUUAACCCAAUCAAUUUGUUUACUGCAGACCAAACGAUUCACAACAGAGAUGAUAUAUUGGUUACAAGAGAUAUGUUUAUAUAAACCUAUUCUAAGUUGUUCUUUUUGUACAGUAUUUUUCCUAUACAUUACUGAACUAUGUAUUUUAAAGGCACAACAGAUCCAGAAUAUUAUUAAAGAAUACAAGUAUAUAACUCAAAGACAAAUGCAUAUAGUGGUAUUUUGAUAUUCUAUAUAUUAGUUAGGAUGUGGUCGUUUUAGAGAGAUUUGUGGAUAUUCAGCAGCACCCAAACCUCCUGGGCAUUAUUAUCAUUAUUAUUAUGAAUAUUAUUAGAAUUAUUAAUAUUAUUGUGACACUUUAUGUUGGUGCCACCUUUAGGCUCCCAUGUCAUGUAAAUUUAACUCUAAGGAAGCCGAUGCUGAAAAUGCAGUACAGAAGAGAGAAUGUACAGUUAUGCCCUUUUCAAAAUCCAUCAUCUCAAAUCCGACCAGAAAACACACUUCAUGAUGUUCAUCGUGUUUAGUGUUGUAACCUUCCCCCGACACAUCCCGACUUUUAAUGAGUCGUCCAGGCUUUUCUUUCUUUCGGUGGCUAAUAUUCUAACUUUUUGAGGGUUUUUGUAACCACGCAGUUUGUUAGUCUUGUUUCUUUCUGAUCUGAUUUGACGGGAUGAAGUUACUAUGACGGAAGGGAAAUCUAUGGCUGGUUUUCUAUUGCUGUUCUAUGUGUGUUUGGUUCCUUCAGCCAAUGCAGUUGUAGCGUGUUCCUGAGCCUGAGUGAUAGACACUGGGAAGCUUUAUUUCUUUUUCUUAAAUGAAGGCUUGCAGUGGAGUCCCCCCAAAUGUUAGUUGUGAUGUCGUGUAGAGCUGCAAAGGUUUUUGCCAGUCAGUCCAAGACUAGGAUGCGACCGAUUCAUGUUUUUGAGGGCUGAUAUUGACGCUUCUGAUACCUUGUAUGGAAGUCCAGGGCUGUCACUCUAAAAAAUGAAAUCAUCCAAAGGAAUAGUUCGACAUUUUAGUCAUUAUUUGCUUUCUUGCUGACAGUUAGAUGAGAAGAUUAAUGCCACUUUCAUGUCUGUGCAUUAAAUACGAAGUUAUAGUUAGCAACCGCUUAGCUUAGCUUAGCACAAAGACUUAAAACGGAAGGAAACAGCCAGCCCGGCUCUGUCCGAAGGAAACAAAACCCACCUACCAGCACCUCUAACAUCUGUACACAGACUGAAGUGUAAUAGCAACAGUUUGGUUUUAUGUAUGUAUAUUUCCUGGAUGGGUGCAGUGAAACCUAAUGGUGACAACAAGACUUUAGUCACAUAAUGUUUUUACACGUUUGUGUUUUUUUGUACAGAUUAAACAAACGAGAUAUAACACGAUAAUUAGUGAGCUUCAGAGGUGCUGGUCAGUUCGGACAGAGCAAGGAUAGCUGUUUCCAGUCUUUGUGCCAAGCUAAGCUAACCGACUGCUGGCUGUAGCUUAGCGGACAGACAUGAGAGUGGUAUUGAUUUUCUCAUCUAACUCGGCAACAAAAAAUCCCAAAGUGUCAAACUAGCCCUUUUAAUACAAUAGAAAUUUCCUUUUCUGAUGAAUAAAAUUAUUUUAUUUGAAUAGUGGCAGCCCUGGACUUCCAUAUUUUCGUACCAACAUCUUAAAAUUUUGAGGCAUCAGUAUUUGGUUCUUUUCAGGGUGGAAAAGAGUACGAAAACAGGAUUUAAAAACAUUCCAACCCUAAACGAAACAAUCAGAAAAGCCAAUAUCGGCCCAAUAAAACAUCAAACAGAUAUGUAGGUCAAAUCCCAGUCCAGGCUUGGUUGAACAUUAUUGAUCCAAUCCAAAGGUGUGUGCGACAUAAAAUUAUUCUUUUCUAGCCACAAACUAUUGUCUUAGUAUUUUUGCGCUUUAGAGGGUGUAUCCCUUCUCCAUCUUAUCUGCACAGACACACUCGAGUGCGAACAGGGUUUGUAGAGAAGAGUGAAGACUGGAACGAUGCCUCCUGAGUCUGGGGAGCAUCUUUUUAUGAAAUCAUACAUAUAUAGGAAAAAGCCAAUAAUUAAUCCAUGUGUAUCCCAAAAUUACCUCACUGUUGAGUGAUUUGACUACCUCACCCGGAAACGUUAACCAUAAUUCUGAGUCUAUUCCAGUGCCUUGAAUACAUUGACUGUUCCCCAGUCUCUCAGCAAUGUAAAGUUCUCAUCACAGCACCACUCGGAUAGGUUCAGAUCUGCACUGAAGGGCUUCUUAGUGCAUCAGAAAAUCUAUAUAUUAUAUACACUGGCAACUCUUUUCAUUUCUUAUUUUGGACAUUGCAACAGACUUGUAACCAUUGUAUUCAUGGCAACACCAACGGACUGUUUCAGAGUGUAUAAAAAUACAACAGAAAUGUGUAUUCGGUCUUGUUUGUCAUGGAAUGGAUGCAUAACAUUUAUUUGUGCUGUUCGGCCCUCAGCCUCUCCGUCUCUCUGUAAUUUGUAGUGUCUAAUAAAAUCCCAGCUCUUUUCUGA